GUUGCCGCUGCUGCUGCCGCUGCGACCAGACACUUUGGCUCCGCUGCGGCCGCCCUGUCAGCGCUCGAGGAGGAGGAGCCCCUAUCGGGAGAGCGAGCCGGCGAAGGUGGAAAGCCGUCACUCUCCCGUGACAGCCGCCAGGGUAGCGCCGAGGAAGCAGCAGCAGCAGCAGCAGCAGCGCUCUCUUUCCCGACGGACUGGUCUCCUCUUGGGACGCCCGCCUCGCGCCUCGUAGCUGGACACGCUGCCGACACCUCUGCGGGUCCGGGGUAUUGGAGAGCCGCUCGGCGCGCGCAGCUGCCCGGACUGAAGGUUCCUUUUGUUAAUUUAUUGCACUGAAGAUAGAACUAACCAUGGGGAGGAAGCUAGACUUGUCUGGCUUGACUGAUGAUGAAGCGGAGCAUGUCUUGCAGGUGGUCCAGCGAGAUUUCACCCUCCGCAAGAAAGAAGAAGAUAGACUGAGUGAAAUGAAGCAGAAGCUCGAUGAAGAGGGUAACAAGUGCAGCAUUCUUUCCAAGCAGCAGAGGUUUAAUGAGCGCUGCUGCAUGCGUUGCUGCUCCCCUUUUACGUUUCUCAUCAAUACCAAGCGGCAGUGCCAGGAUUGCAAAUACAACAUCUGCAAGAACUGCAGCUCCUAUCAAAGGAAGGAGAAAGGUUGGCUCUGCAGUGUUUGCCAGCAAGCUAGACUUUUAAGAGCUCAGUCGCUGGAAUGGUACUACAAUAAUGUGAAAAGCCGCUUCAAGCGUUUUGGAAGUGCUAAAGUCCUGAAGAAUUUAUACAGAAAACAUCGGCUGGAGACCGGAGCUUGUUCUGACAUACUAGAAGCCGGAAGCUUCUGUGAGGGAACGAUAGAAAAUGAAGGAAGCAUUUGUGGCAGUGACUCUACUUUCUACAGACAGACAGAAGGACACAGCAUGAUGGACACCCUUGCUGUGGCCUUGCGUGUUGCAGAAGAAGCAAUAGAAGAAGCUAUUUCUAAGGCAGAGAUGUACGGAGACAGCUUGGACAAACAGGAUGAAGCUUGUUACUUACGGGACCAUAAGGAGGAGCUGAUAGAAGAGCUUGCAACCACCAUUGUCCAGAAGAUCAUAAGGAAGCAGAAAACCAAACGUGAGCAGGUGGAGGCUGGUUUCGAAUGGCCGCAGUCCAGGAGCAGCAGCGGCCUCACAUCUGCUACUGUCUCAGAUCAGAGCAUGCUGACUUUCCCGGGGAGUCGCAGAGGAUCGUACACAUUAUGGCGGUCUCAGUCUGCAUUCUCUCUGACCAACGAAGACGCAUCAAGCAGAGACAGGGACCGCGCAUCUUCUGUGCCCGAAUCUCUCUGGAGACAACCCAAGGGCCUGAGCGGAAAGCAGAAAGAGGACAGGCUUUCUGCAUUGCCCAGCUGGAAGAGCGUGGACCAACUAAACGAACCAACUUUCCCCCCUGUCUUGGAAAGCACAGAUGGAAACUGGGUGGCUCUGCAAAACGUCAAUUUGCCUCGCCCGCGAAUGCUUGCCAAACCAAAGAGCCAAGUGUUUAAAGCCUUGGAGAGUGAAUCCAGCGUUGUAUCUGCUUAUGAUGAGAUGGGCUCUGAUAGCGAAGACGACUAUGACUGGAACGUGGCUUUGAACAAGCUGCGACAGAGACCCAAGCAGCUGUCAAAUUAUGCUGGCUCUCAGUGCAAUGCUGAAUGGGAGUGUGGCAAUGAACUGUACCAGCCUGUGGCCUCCCCAUCAUCUGGGCUGUUUACCAACGCUGAGGCAGUGUACUCUGAUUCCGAAACAUCCUCCGUCAGUUCUUCAAGGGAGGCUAGGCAGGCCAGCUGUCUUCCUUGGAUACAGAGGAGAACUUGUAACAGUAAACCCAGAGAGGAAAAAGCACAAUUCCAGGAGGAACUAGAUGUGAACUUUAACCCACAAGCUACCAGUUUAGACUAUUCAGAUAGCAGUGAAAGUGAAGAAGCCUAUCAUGACUUGGAAAAGAGGUCCAGGAGGUGGAAAAAAGGCAAGAAUCAGUCAGAGGAUUUAUGCAAAGGCAAAAAUCGCACAAAAUCGCACAUGAAGAAAUUGAGCACAAGUCAGGCAUCUGAUGAUUUAUCAGAAACUGACAUAAGCAGUGAAGACCAUCAAAUCAAGGCAGACCCUAUGGAAGAAAAGCUGAAGUCAAGGUUAUAUGAACUGGCUGCAAAAAUGAGUGACAAUAGGGAAACCUCUUCAGAGGAACAGGUGUCAGAGGCAAGAUCAGAAUCUGAGAACCAGAAAUCGUGCUUAUCUUCAGAAGACAGUGGCAAAUGCAUUCAGGAGGAGCUCAAGAAGGAAAAACAAAAGGCUUUUGAUCUCCAUCUUAAACUCCAGUUUUUAACCUCAGCACUUCAGCAGAAAUAUUCUGCAGUGUCUCUCUGCAACAUAUCUACUGAGGUCCUAAAAGUCAUCAAUGCAACAGAGGAGCUCAUAGCAGAAUCUACAGGUCCUUGUGAUUUUGCGGCAGAUGUGUCUGACAAAGGCAAAGGAGAGUUCCCUCUAGGUGCAGACCCUAUCAGACUUGAUGAGCAGCUCUCAACACUGGAAGAAAAUGUCUACCUAACAGCCGGCAGUGUGUAUGGCUUGGAGAGUCAGCUCAAUGACCUUGAGGAUGCAGCACGCAGAAUUAACAGCAUUAGUUCAGAAUCAGAGCUGGCUGACCUGGAAGACCAAGUGGCAACAGCAGCAGCACAGGUUCAUCAUGCAGAACUUCAGAUUUCAGAUAUAGAGAGCAGAAUUUCAGCACUAACAGUGGCAGGCUUGAAUGUAGCUCCAUGUGUUCAUCUGACUAGGAAACAUGACCAACAGCAAACAAACCAGAUGCACACGAUAGACACAUCAAGACAGCAGAGACGAAAGCUUCCAGCUCCACCAGUGACAGGUGAAGACAUGGACGCAUCUCCGGUUACACCUGUUAGAACAUUCAACAGGAAUUUCAUACUCCAAGGAUCUCUUACGCAGAGAACAAAAAAGGAGAGGAAAAGCACUGCCAAGGAUAAGAAGGUAAGUACUAAGCAGAAGCUUACAGAGCAUCCUGAAGCAUAGGAAGCCGGCACAAGUUGAUGGUGGUUUAAGUUACCCCAGUUCCAAACUCUGUUCAGGAGUGAGGUUAUGGCCAGCUGAUCCAGAAUGAGCUUGGCAGGAGGAAAACAAGCCUUUAAAAUACAGUCUGGCUUACACCACCCCGUUUGCCAGUAUAACUUCUUCCGGGUUGCCAGGUCUUAUGACUGAGUGGAAAGAGGUUUGGAGUAGAUGUCGGACUCUACUCACCCUCCACAACACCCCUUUGGGGGCUUAUGCCAACGUAAGUUGCUUGAGGGGAGCCAGCGUAGACCUGAGGUAGCCCAAGGUCCACCUCUUCCAAACUCAUCCCACUGGUUCUUGGGUUUGCUGUUUCUCUCCCAAAACCUAGAUCUUAAGAGGAAAAAAACCCCAAACGUUCAAACUUCAUCGCAAGUUUUGAAUUCUAAAAUCCAUUUACCAAUGAAAUGUACUGAAUCAAGCAGGAACUUCAUGCUGUGACUCAAAAAAACACGUGUAUUUUUAAUGCCAUCAUUUUUGUGAUAUGUCAACCAGGUAAUAAAAUGACUUCAAAAUCGCAGUUUCUAAAUUAAAGAUUUUCAAACCUCAAAGCCAAAAUUGAGUUUUAGAAAUGAGCAACAUGUUAAGCCUAAAUUACAAUUUUUGUUCAGUUUUGAGACCUUUGGAAUAACCCUUUCGCCAUUGUGGACUUUGGAUCAUUGAGCCUGUAAAUAGUCUGAUCCCAUGAGUUAAAUAAUUGCCUUUUAGAAGUUUGGCUAUAUAUUAAUUUGUUAUCAAAUUUAAUGUUUCUUUAAUUCUGUGUUUUCCAUUUCAGGAACCAACAAUAGGGUCUGCUGUAAUGUACUAGAAUUCUAGAAUUCUACUGCCAAUAACACACUGCCUGAGGCUACACACUCGAGUGCCUUUAUAUAACAGCCAUUGUAUACAUCCAAUAAAAAAAUGGACCCUCAAGAACCCACAAUGCCUCAGUAAUAGGGCUUUGCUUGGAUACCUCACUGAGAAAGCUGUUCAAGUCUUCAGCAUUGUGGUCUGCUGUUGGAAGCUCUGCCUUAAAGUUCUCAUGAGACUCCAAAAAGGAUGUCGAGUUUCAUAUAAGCAAGGCUCCAUGUUUUAAGAUGCACUCCCCCCCCCCCUCCCCACAUUGUCAACUGUUCUAAAAUACGUUGUCUUUAAAAUACAGUAUGUUUUGUAUUCCUAAUUCAUCCGUUAAUGUCAGCCAAAAUCCCACGUGUAGGUCAAGGAAAAACUCAAGCCAUCCACCCCGUCAUCCAGAUUUGCUGGGACCUUACUGUUCACACAGUCAUAGUCAUGUAUGUAUUGUUGAGCAAUAAGAGGAACUCCAAAAGUAACUGGGUAAUCAUAAAGCAAAUGCUGGAAAGGGAUGGCCACUGGGGAGCUUAAAUGGGAGGGAAAGCAUUUUUCCGUUUGUGAUCUGUGCUUGCCUUCCAUGAGUGUUCUAAGAGGAAGAUAAUGGGUGCUUCCAGAUACGAGCUUUAAAAAUCUAAAAGGUGGCUCAGAUUCAUUUUUUUAUGUGCACACUAUUGUCAAAUUAGCUUCCGUUUCCCCCUGGUUAUGGACAUCUGUUGCUAUCCAGUUAUUAGCCAUGCACAGAGCUUGAUAGAAUGCAUCUGUGCUGGGCCUUUUAUGUCCCUGCCAUCAAACCCCCCUCCCCCACUACAGUUCCAUUCUGAGUAUAUGUGCAGGUACUUGUGUGCAUCCAUUUUUUAAAAACAUCACCAGAAGUGCUAUUACCAGCCUUUAUUUAUCUUAAUUCACAACAGGAAACAGAGGUUUGUACUUUCUUUUUUGGGGUGGGCAGGAAUCAAUUUCCAUAAAUUUGUUUUUUCAAUAAUUAUAAUAAUAAUACUGAGGUCUUCUGCAAGAGUGAUACUUAGCUAAAUCGAUCCACUGUUUGAUUUGGAUGCGGCAGUAUCCAAAACAAUUAAUACUGUAAUACUUUGCAGACCCCUGUAACCAUAAGCGGCAUAAACAAACAGGCCCCCAUCCAAAAGAACAUCAGCAACAAAGAACUGAAAUGCUCAUCAAAAGACCUCUGUAUUAAAAUUGUGUGUUGAGUCAGUAAUUCCCUGCAUGCACUAUUUGAAGAUCUUGAGAGAGCAGCUCCUCCAAACUGGGCUGUUGAAAUUCGGACAUGCCUUCCGCAUAUGGCACACUCGUAUUGUUUGGGCCAUGGCCACCAGAAACGAAAUAGCUAGGCAUAGGUGCCAAGUUCCGGAUUGAAAAAUCCAGGAUCAGCAGCGCCACGGCAUCGGAAGUCACUUCUACGCACUUCCAGACAUGCGUAGAAGUGACUUCUGGCGCUGCAGACAUUUUGGAAAUGGGCACAGCGGCAUCAGAAGUCGCCUCUAUGCAUGUCCGGAAGUGCGUAGAAGCGACUUCCGGUGCCGGCGCGGCACCAGAAGAACAUGGCAGCCGGCAGGAGCUCCGUAAUCCGGAUAUUUUGCCAUUCGGGACACCUGCGGGAAACGGUAAGAAAAUACAGGGGUUUCCCGGGGAAAGCGGGGUACUUGGCAGCUAUGUGGCUAGGUUGUGCUCAUGUGAGGAGCACACUCAGAGGUAGGAGUGUGGUGGUAGAGAGGCUGUUUACCAAAUCACCAACUCACACCUAACAAACCACUUGCCCCCAAACUGGGCUAAAGAACUUUCACACCAGCAAUGGCUGUGCAUGUGCAUUGAGGUAUUUUACCUUCCAUGUUAAAGGAAAUCUGUGGGGGGUGGGAUGUAGAAAAAGGUAUGGACUGGUAUUUUGAUGACGACCGUCAGGCAGAUGCUGGGCAAACCUUGUGUGCAUGAGCAGCCCUGAUUCCACAAUAAAUUCCUAUCUCGAAGCACCCUAUAUUUGCUUCUUAAGUGAACUUCCCACUGGAUGAAUGAUAAAUAUCUCCCAUCCUCAACAAAAGGCAUGUGCAGCUGAAAUCAGUCCUAGUCUUUCCACUGCUAGAACUGGUCUCAAGAGUCUGUAACUUCAGAGUCUUUCCUAGAAUAUAAGAUUCAGAUGAAUGCACAUUCGCUUCACCUUCAGUUACAAAAGUGAGCUAGCCAUAAAGUGUAGGUGAUCACCCUAAUAUGGGAAUAUAUAUAUAUAGGUACUUUUAGAAGUGUGUAUUUGCAGUUUAAUGAUCAGAUUUUGAUAGUCCCUUUCUUGAAAGUCUGACUCCUUUCUUCCCACCAAAGUGUGCGGAAGGGGCUUUUGGAAUCACUGGUCCUUUUCAGAAAGUUCUAAUUUCGAUGGAUGGUUCUGUUUCAGGACUUUCAACCCCCCACAAUCUAGACAAGUGAAGUCCAUCAAUCAGUCUGUACUGCUUACUAUGUGCUCAGUAUGGCUGACUUGGCUGGCAAAGACUGGUGCUGGGCCAGAAUUAGUGGCUUUAGCGGUUGAUUCGGUUGAGUAUGUGAGCUAAAAUCCAGGCAGCAACACUGGGUACAUUAGAAUACGUCUGAACAGCAAAUAGGUUUGUUGCUGCAAGCCCUACUGUGGUCAGGACACUGUGUACAAGAUUGCAGCCUUGUGCUCUUUCUCUGAUAAUCUUCGUACAACUAGCAACCCAGGUUUUAUGCGACAAAUGCUAACACGUUAGAACCCCCACUUCACUCAGAAGCAUGCAUUAAAAGGCUAGGCUUAAUGCCUUUACCACUCUUUAAUUGUAAGAAUAGAAGACUGGUUAAAACAGAUUCUGGUUGCAAUCCCAGGGAGUAUGUCCUACUGAGCUUAAUGUCACUUAUUGCUGAGUAAACAGGUUUAGGAUUGCACUACACAAGUGCGUACCUGCAACAAUGUUAGUUUCAUUACUUUUGUUUGGGUUUGUGUAUUCCUAGGCCCUUAUCUAAAAUUCCUAUCCACAUUCACUCCCUUUUUUAAAAUGCUGCAGACAAAAUGAUGCUAUUAUAUACAUGCAUGAAAUUCUUACUAAGUUUUAUAAAAACUUGACUGUUCAGAUGGCAGGGAUAUUUUCUGCAGUAUAUAAAAAACAUCCAUAUAGUAUAUGAUCAGAUAAACUAAGCUACUUAACUGAAGUAGGUUGUCUGAUACAAUUUGUGUCGGUUUCCAUUCACACCACUCUUUCUGUACUUGUCCAAGAUACAUUCCUAGAUUCUUGUUUCUGCAGGUCUGUGUGUGUUAAUGAAAUGUCAAUAAUGAUGGCUGGUCUACAUAAUUGUCCAAUGAUAUUAUUAGCUACUAUUGUGUAUGUAAUAUUCAAUCCAACAUGACUAAUUUUAAUAGAUAACUCUUUGACUUUUGUUCUGUUGGUGUGAUAUAAACAAAACUGAGUUUGGAAUAGAAUGUUUUCCAUAAGAGGCAUGAGAAGCAACUGCUGUGUUCAAAUGUUAAACUAUUCAGUCAUCUUUGACAAAAAUGUGUACUUGUAGACAUUGCAAAAAAAAAAAAGACAAAUCCCUGCCUGCUGUAUGGCAUUUCGAUUUUUACAAAGGUUUACCUGUGCCAAAUGUGCAAAGAUUUAAUUUACCGUUUUAAAGAAAACCAUAAAAUGUAUAUGUUAUAGCACACAAAUAAUUAUUUUGUCAUCCAGUGAGUUCAAUCCUUAGUGUCAAUAUUUAUAUUUAGAUUUUUUUUUAUAAAUGAAGAAUAUUUUAAUGGUUAAGAUAAUAUGAUUCAGUCUGAGUGGAACUUAAUGCUUGCCUUGUUGUUGUUAUCUGCAUUUUUGCCGGGAAUUAUUGUGAAGAGAAAUGAUAUGAGAGUAAAACAAAUGAUUUAUGGAAAAAUACGUGCUUUUUAGGGGCCCUGAUUGAUACAGAAAACAUGUAGUGUACUCAGUAUGUUUGGAUUUCUAUACAUAUAAAUAUAUAUAUUAUAUAUUGCUGACCAGCUAUUACAAUACAGUAUAUGCUCUAGUAGCAGAUGAACCUGCUGCUCAUACAUUCCUAUAGUAUGUUGGAGGAAUGCAUUAACCUGAGAACACUUCCAGCCGUGCCCUAAGGAGACGUCCGUCUCAAAGGGAACUAGGCCACAGCCCAAUACACUGAGAACUAGUAGAGACUUAUACAACGUGCUACCCAUCCACAUCUUUUUGUUAUGUCUCCAGUGGUUCCUCCAUUAAUCCCAGACUAUGGAUCUGAGUUUGACAGAACCCCAAAUCUCAAGUGGCUCUCCGUAUGGGUCUUUCCAUCAAGUGAGCCAACUUUUUUUUUAACCUCCUGCCAUCCAAUUUUCUUAACAUUUUGUACACUUGUUGAAUGACCGGUUCCAUUAACCAACUCCAGUGCAUGAGGUAUUGCCUUGAUUUGCAGCUGCCAAUGAGAGCUGCAGGCCACCAGGCUGCCAUAUUGGUAACAGCCUAAAAGCAGACAAGAGUUCAGAUCCCACAUCUUGGUUUUUUUUUUUAAUAGUGACCAUUACAUAAUGCUUUUAUUAAUGUUGUUUUCAUUCAUUACAACAUACUGUGAAAUAUUGCAGGACAGGAUGCAGCCGAUAACUUUUUAUACAACUUAUUUCAAGCGCUUAUCUUUUUGGUCGAACAAUCAUAGAAUUGUAGAGUUGGAAGGGACCACGAGGGUCCAAUGCCCUGCAAUGCAGGCAUCUUUUGCCCAAUGUAAGAGUAAAGUUAUCCCAGUUUAGCAAGAGUGACCACUGUGUCCUGUGCAUACAAAUGGGUGCCCCAUUGAGUAAAGUCCCCCUGCAUCCAGUUUUUGGUAAUGUGCGCAUUAUGGAACAUGCUGUAUGGACAGCUCUCAUGGUCAGCUCUGAGACUGUUGGUCUCCUGACUAAGGUAAAUGCGGUGGAAGAUGGGACUGAAUUUGUGCUCGCUACACGAAUUGGAUUCAAGAUUUUGAAUCUUAAGUACAUGCCAUUUGCACACGAAAUAUGUACAGGGCAGCAAAUCUAGACCAGGCAAAUGAGCAUGGGUGUGUAGAAAGGAGAUGGCACUUAAAGUGAAAAAAGAA